AUGAGUAAGCUGAAGUAUUAUUGCGCCCUAGGGCUGAUUCUAUUGACACUCUAUGUUCAUUUAGCACACGAUCUGAAAAGAGAACUGAAGAAAGAAACGAAGGGGUUUCUCUCUGGGUUUUUGUUUCAUGUCAUGUCUACAAAUCUUAUCCCAUCUGAAAACCUAGAAACUGUAGAAAAUGAGGCUGUUUCUACUGAAUCUUCAGUUAGGGUUAGUGUUUCUGUAGUUGAAACCCAAUCCGAUCAAGUUCAGGAUUCUGUAGGGGAAUUAGAUAAUACUGUUGAGAGAAGUACAUCUUCUCAUCGUGUUGUGGAAGAGAAUUUUAAUGAACAGUUAGUUCAGUGUAAAGAUAAAGGAAGGAAAAUUGGAAUCGAAGUAAGGAAGACGAAGUUGUCGUCGAUGAUUAAGGAGAUAUUGGUUGAACAAGCUGUGGGUAUGGAGAAACUAGAGCAGGAGGGGGUUGAGCAAGUAGUUGAAACAGUGGGUGGAAACUCUGGAGCUGUUUUAGAUGGGGGAAAUGGUGACAAGGAAAGUGGUGGUUUGGUAAAAGGCGAGAACGAGGAAAUGGUAUCGAGUUCUAUCCAAGAGAAUCAAAAUGAUGGGGCUAGUGUUGCAGUAGAGGUUGAGCCAGAUUCUACUGGAGUAACUGAGUCCGUGGGUCAUUUGUUAGAUGGGAAUUUGAAACCGGAGGUUCAGGUAACAGUGGUUAAUUCUGUAGAAGAUGAAGAGCAGAAAGGUGUGCAGGUAAAUGGGAAUCUCAGUUGCGCAAACUUGGAAGCUGAUAUGCCAGAGAAUAUUGCCCAGGUAAGUGAAACUGAGAGAAUUGAUUCACACACUAUAAUAGAGAAUCUUGAUGAGGGGGUUCGUGUUACAAUAAAUUCUAGUGUAACAAUUACUGAAACAGUGGUUGAGCAAGUUCAAGUUGUUGAGGGAGGUGAAGUUGCAAUGAUGGACUGUGAGGAGCUUUUCGCUGGAAAUCCAUCUUCAUUGGCGAAUUAUCAAAGUGUUGAAGCUCAGGCAGUUGGUGGCAUAGAAUCUCAGAAUGAUGUGGCGGUGGCAGAUGAGGAUCUGGCUUCAGAUGCUUUCAAGACUGAAGAAAAUGGUUCUGUUGAGGCGCAGAAUACUGGAAUUGAGAUUGUGGAAGGAGGGGUUUCAACGGUGCAAACUGAACGUCAAAUUCCGGAGACCCAAGUUGUUGCUGGGGAUAAAGAUGUCGCACUUCACAGUACUGCAAGUACAAAUCGUUGUCAUGAGGAUGAAACUUCCACGCAGGAUGGGAAACAAGAUAUUGUUGCCCUAGUAGACGAGCCGGUUUCUCAUCAGGUAGAUGGGGUGGCAAAUAUGGACUCAUAUCCUGUCGAUGCUGGGGUUCAUGCUACCGGAGAUCCAAGCUCACUUCCUGACGAGUCUAAACACACAGAUUCGGGGUGCGUUAUUGAAAACCAUGUUUUGAGAGAUGAAAUGCUGCCAGACGUGUCUCAAGAAAAUGGAGCUGAAAUUAAUGAGAUGCAUGAUGAUAUGGAUUUCUCUGUGUUGGUUUUAGAUGAAGAAAUAACUAAUGAUAACAUGGAUGUUGACAACUUCGAAGGCAACAAUAACGAGAUUGGAGAUAAUUUUGCAGGCCUUGAACAGAGAAAGAGCAUGAGGCAACAACUUGUAAAACCAGAGGCCUUAAAGCCUGAACCUACUGCGAGGUACAAACUGAUACCAGCAGAGAAAGAAGGCGAAUUCUCUAUUUCUGACUUAGUAUGGGGUAAAGUGAGGAGUCAUCCUUGGUGGCCUGGGCAAAUAUUUGAUCCUUCUGAUGCGUCGGAACAGGCUAUGAAGUAUCAUAAGAAAGACAGCUUUUUGGUAGCAUAUUUCGGGGAUCAAUCAUUUGCUUGGAAUGAGGCAUCAGCAAUGAAGUCCUUCUGUACACACUUCUCGCAGAUGGAGAGACAGAACAGUACGGAAGCAUUUCGAAUUGCAGUUAAUAGUGCCUUGGAUGAGAUUCAUAGAAGGGUAGAAUUUGGGAUGGCAUGCUCCUCCACGCCAGAAGAUAUCUGUAGCGAGGUAAAAUAUCAGAGUAUAAAAAAUCCUGGAAUACGGGAAGAAGCUAGGACAAGAGAUGGGUUGGACAAAAAUCUGAGUGGUAUCUCUUUUCAACCGGUUCACCUUGUCCGUUAUGUUAAAGAAUUAGCACUGAACCCAUGUGGUGGCGGUGAUAGACUUGAGCUUGUAAUUGCUCGGGCUCAGUUACUGGCUUUCUAUCGCACUAAGGGAAUCUGUCGACUGCCUGAAUUUCAUGUGUUUGAAGAUGGUUUAUUAGAAUGUGAUGAUUUUGACGUAAUCUCAGAGGAGAAAGAGAGAGCUGAAAAAUUGGUCAAGGUUGAGCAGAGGACAAGGCAAUCACAAACUCGUAAACGCAAACACAACCCAGAAAAUGGUGCACAUCCUAAUAACAGAAAAGAGAAAAGCUUGUCAGAUUUGAUGACCACGACGAAGCCUGAUACUAACGACCGUAAUCAUGCUGAUGUUGAUUCGGCUGCUCCACAAUCUUUUAAGGUUGGAGAAUGCAUACGUAGAAUCUCGAGCCAGCUUACCGGUGGCCCUCCAAUCCUCAAAGGUGGUAGUGAAAAUCUCCAAGAAAAAGGAGUUACGUUUUUGAAGGAAUACUCUUGCCCAGAUAUGUUAUCAAAACUCCGUUUGGCUGCACGAGAUCACAAGAAGGGUCACAGUGUUUUGACUGUUAUCGGUGGCUUCUUUUCUGAGUUUCGGAAUUUUAUUAGCUUGAGUUCUGCUGGUUCAGUGAAACAACGGAAGAAAUCUGAACAAAUGGUUGGUUCCGCUGAGACAUUCGACUUCGAAGAUACAAAUGAUUCUUAUUGGACUGACAGGAUAGUCCAAAAUACCUCAGAUGAACAGGCAGCAGGGAAGAAUACCGAAGGGAAAGAAGAAACUGAUCUUGAAGCUAACCCAACACAGAAGGAUAAUGUUUCUCAGGCACCCGGAAAUUCCUGUCAGCUGGCCGUACCUAAAGAGCUACAUGCUGCUGGAAAAAAAGAACCGACUCCAUCAACGCGCAAGAAUAGGAAGAGGAAAGGAAAUAACGAUCAGGAAAACCCUAUUCGUAGUAGUGAGUCUGGUCCAUCAACCAAGAAACCGUCGUCACGCGGGUCUCGGAAGAAAAAGGAACCACCUUUGGCUCUAACGGACAACAAUGCCAAUCAGCUGAGUGAUGUCCAGGAAAAGAAAGGACCAACCGCAUUGCUUCUGAAAUUUACUGAACCAUAUUCUGUCCCUUCAGCGACAAAUCUGAAUAAGACAUUUCGUCGUUUUGGGCCUCUGAAGGAAUCGGAAACACAAGUAGUGAAGGACUCCAACAGUGCCAUAGUGGUUUUCAAGGCGUACAAUGAUGCGGAAGUAGCUCUUAGUAGUGCUGGGAAAUUUAGCAUUUUUGGACCAGCAGUUGUCAGCUACGAGCUAAGUUGCUUUCCGCUGCCCCCAUCUAAAGUACCUGUUUGUGACUCAACAAAAGGUAGUGAUUUUCUGACAUUACUGGAAGAAGCAUCUCUUUGUGACACAACACAAGGUGGUGAUAACAUAAAAUUGUUGGAAGAAGCAUCUCUUUGUGACACGACACCAGGUAGUGAUAACGUUAAAGUGUUGGAAGAAGCACCUUUUUGUGACGCAACACAAAGUAGUCAUGACGUAUUGGAAGAAGCAACUUUCUGUGACGCAACACAAAGUAGUCAUGGCGUAUUGGAAGAAGCACCUUUCUUUGAUGCAAUGCAAAGUAGUCAUGACGUAUUGGAAGAAGCACCUCUGUGUGACACGAUGCAAGGCAGUCAUGAUGUAGAGUUGUUGGAAGGGAACACGACUUGAUAGCUCAAGUUUUAUAUACCCGUACGGAAUAUUUAGGUUAGAGUCCGUUGCAGAGAAAUUGUCGGUCUUCCCGUUCCAUAAGAUGUUUGAGAACCGACUUCCCUUACCACGAGAUGUUCGAGUUCACUUCUCUGGUAGGUUCUCAGUUCCAGAAGUAGGUGGACUCGGAACCAUUUCUUGCAAGUCAUGUACAAGUUCUAUGAGACAAGGGGUAAAUUGAGUUGAGAAAGACCAUUUUUGCUCUGUAACAUAUUUAGUUUUUGUAGUAAUAAAUCAGGUUUUUCCAAAUUAUUAUGGUUCAGGGUUGAAUUUUGUAAUUUCUUAGGAUGGGUUUCUAAAAUGUCAUUUGCUCUUUCUGAGAAGGUAUUGGCUGUCAACUCUAAUCAACAGUUAGUCCUGUAUCCAAAUACAAAGUUCCUUGUA